AUGGGAAUAGGCUGGAUCCUCAAACCCCUCGCAGUCGCAUCUGCAGUCGCCUUUUCCACCCUCGGCGUUCUGUCCCGCUCCUCGCAGAGAGCCCGUCUGUACUUCAACGCCACCAUCUUUAUCGCUACCCUCGGCGCGGCCAGCGCCUGGGGUGUUGUCAUCUCUGUCCUCGCUAGUCUUACAGGCCAGCGUUUCAACAUCAACUACUAUGGCGCUCGUUCAUUUUAUCAAAUCUGUAGCCCCCUUAUCGGCGUCACCUGCGAGGUCGAGGGCGAGGAGCACAUUAAGAAGCUGCUCACCGCUAACAACGGCAAGCCCCAGUCGGCCGUCAUCAUUGGCAACCACCAGUCGGCCUUUGACAUUCUCUAUCUCGGCAAGAUCCUUCCCAAGCGCUCCUCCAUCAUGGCCAAGAAGGAGCUCAAGUGGUCGCCUGUCCUCGGCCAGUUCAUGUGGUUGUCCGGUGCCGUCUUCAUCGACCGCAAGAACCGCAAGAACGCCCUCAAGACGGUCCAGCAGGCUGGCGACCAGAUGAAGAAGAACGGUGUCUCUCUCUGGAUCUUCCCCGAGGGCACCCGCGCUUCCCACGCCGAGCCCGCUCUCCUCCCAUUCAAGAAGGGCGCCUUCCACCUCGCCGUUCAGGCGCAGAUUCCCAUCGUUCCCGUCGUUUGCGAGAACUACCACCACCUCUUCGACGGACGCACCCGUCUUGACCCCGGUAACCUCAAGGUCAAGGUGCUUCCUCCGAUUCCGACGAAGGGCCUCACCGCCGACGACGUCAAUGAGCUGCUCGAGAAGACCCGGGAACAGAUGCUCUCGACGCUGCGCGAGAUCUCCACUUCGGCCAAGGCCAUCGAGGCGCCUGCCGACGAGGUCGUCGAGGAAAAGUUCAGGCCCGAGGCCAUCAUCGACUCUGCGCCCGAGAAGCUGCUCGAGCCCGAGGCCAAGGCGUCGAGCCCCAGCACGACCGAGGACGAGAUGGAGGGCGACGCUGUGCUCCUGAAGCGCCCGAAUGCCGGCGCUGUUGCCCAGUAA